GAGGGGUGGGAACCGCUGCCAGCACCCGCGGGGUCACACCGGAGCAGCCCGCCAAGACGGCAAAGGCCACAAAGGAAGAAGAAAAAUAGAAGAGAGGUCCUGGUCAGCAGCACAGCCAAGCCUCCUCCCAAAAGGCUGCGGGGCCACGUCAGUUGUCAAACUCCUGCGUUGAGAGAAGUGGCUGAAAUGCCACCCAAAAGGUGACAGAGGUGCAGCUCCAGUGACAAACUCUCGACUGCUUUGGCACACGACGAUGCAUUUCUCAGUGUGGAUGCCCUCCUGUCAAUCCUGCAAGCGACUAGAGUAAGGUCUGGUAACCUCUGACAAAGAGCAUGAGCAAAGCGCACGACCAGGACUUUCAUUAACUCACUCACCCCAUAACCAAGCUCCUCCCCAGACUGGACACGAUGAUCUGGUAACCAAAGCCUCACACAUGGAUGCCAGGGCUGAACCUUUUUAUUUAAGCACCGACAACCUGGUUGCAGGACACGAGUGAGGAACAUGUUAUCAUGCCAGGGCUGAGCACGGAUCUGGAGCACAACCAUGACAAACGGUUCGACCUGCACCGAAACAGACCUCAAGCCCUACUAUGCUAUUACGUACACUUUCAUCCUGAUCCCUGGACUGAUAGGAAACACGUUAGCUUUGUGGGUCUUUUACGGGUACAUGAAAGAGACUAAAAGGGCCGUAAUAUUUAUGAUCAAUUUAGCCAUUGCUGACCUAUCGCAGGUUUUGUCCUUGCCCCUGAGGAUUUUCUACUACUUGACCGGGACGUGGGAAUUUGGAGGAGGUCUCUGCAUGCUGUGCUUCUACCUGAAGUACGUCAAUAUGUAUGCAAGCAUCUACUUCUUGGUUUGCAUCAGCGUAAGACGAUAUUUGUUUCUUAUGCACCCAUUCAAAUUCAGUGACUGCAAACGCAUCUGUGAUGUGUAUAUCAGCAUCGUUGGGUGGGUCGUGGUCUGCGUUGGCUGUUUGCCUUUCCCGCUUCUCAGACUUCACCAGGAUGCUAAAAACACCUGUUUUGUGGACCUCCCCGUAAAGGAAGUUGACCUUCCCAUCUCCAUUGCAAUGAUGACGAUAGGUGAAUUGGUGGGGUUCGUAACACCCCUACUCAUCAUCCUAUACUGCUCAUGGAAGACUAUCUUAUCACUAAAAGAACAAAAUUCUGCUUCACAUGGUCUCGGAGAAAAAAAAAAGGCUUUAAAGAUGAUUCUCACCUGCGCUCUGGUAUUUCUGAUUUGCUUUGCACCUUAUCAUAUCAGCUUUCCACUAGAUUUCUUUGUCAAAACCAAAAAGAUCAAAAAUGGGUGCGUCCAGAAGGUGAUCUCGGUGUUUCACGUUGUAGCUUUGUGCCUUGCCAGCUUGAACUCCUGCGUGGACCCAGUCAUCUACUACUUUACUACAGAUGAGUUCAGGAGACGCCUUUCCAGGCCGGAUUUACGAGACAGCAUUCAGCUCCAUAACCUCAGUUACGUGAGGAAGCAUUCCAGAGAUGUACUCAGGGAGGACGCCAUGGACUACUAGCGCUGGCCUUCCCCAAACGGUUGCCAGGACUUCAAAUGUUCACUAUAUUUUGGGGUUUGGCCCAAUUUUUUUUCCCCAGGACACUGAGAGUGAUGACUUAGACAAGCUGAUUUCAGUGAGGGUUGGAAAAAA